GGCUCUCCCCCAACUCCAUAAACACAAAGUCACGACGGCGAGACAGCUGACUUUCACUAUCGCAAGGCUGUUCCCAUGAUAUCUUAGAGACGUUUAUUUCUCGCAGGGAACGAGCACGAAGCGAUCCGGGCCAAAGUCGUUUCGGCGAAGUAGCGCAUUGGUUAACGGUAGUGCCAUCUAACUGCGUCUACAAGUAGACUAGCAGAUAUAUCAUGCUUUUAAAUUUUGCCCUUGGUCUUCGCUGCAGCACGUGUAGGUUCAUCAGUUCAUCAGUUCAGCGACGUCAAGCUGAACCAUGGCAGAUAUGAUAUUCAAGUACCCAACUAUGAUUAGCUGUGGGGGCUAUUUCCAGAACUUGACCACCAAAAUCCUCGACGUGAGCCUCCACCAGUUCGGGCUGCAUAACUGACUUGUUUACCCUGUUACCCCUAUUAUAUAUAUCCACACAUAUAGAUCGCUCAAAUGAACGUCAAAAAGAACAUUAUCGCCCUUGUCACCGGCACCGUCGUCGGUGCGCUCGCUCGGCGACGAACCGCUAUCUGGCGUAUGCUUUACAGGAAGUUGCAGCUUCCUGUAAGCUCCAAGCAAGCGCCGACAAGGCAAAAAGCCGUCCUGCGAGUGCUUUAUCGUUGCCUUCCGACGCGACUGCGGAAUUUACGCGCAAUGAUCUGCAGCUGAUCACGGCCGACGCGACGCCUCACGCCGCCUCCACAAGCGGCGGUACCGCCAGCCCGAGCGCUGGCGAUAGAUGCCACAAGCGCCCGCAGCACCGUCAGCAGCAUCAGUGCCAUUGGCUCGGCCAGCUCGGCAACCCCUGCAGCCGCCAGCUCGCUGCAUGCUUCGGCUUCUGAGCACACACUGCCCAUGCAUACGAACCCGCUUCAGCAUGCAGGUCGCCGCCGCGCUGGCCCCCAAGCUGGAGUCCAGCUCGGACCGGGGCCUGCGGGGUGCGCCCGCGUCAGGCCAGCACUGCCCGGCUCGCUGCCUGGCGCUGUUCCGGCCAGGCCGCCAUCCAUGGCGCUGACGCCAGCGCUUGCAGCAGUUGCUGCAGCAGCUGUUGCGCUAGCAUGUGAGCUGAAGCGCGGCAGGGUUGAGGCACGGAUGGGCAGCAGAGCGAUGACCGCGCCGCCGCCUCUGUGCGCGGGGCAAAUGACCUGCUUGAUUGG